AAGUUGUAGUUAUUGCAAUUAAUUGCAGUUUUGCCAUUUAUUGUUCGCUGCGAAACCGACAUUUUCCUUCUGGUUCAUCCAAUCUCAGAUCUCAGCCCUAAUUAUCCAAUCUCCAAAACUCAUCUACAAUUCUCCUUCGCAAAUCUCACCGGCGAUUACUACUUCCUCUUCAUCUUUGAUCUACUCCAUCGCAAAUCCCAUCUUUGAAACCCUAACCAGCAUUCAUCUCGAUCUCCUUGUAAAUCUCUCUUUCAAUCUUCUUCCAAAGAUCUCGUAAUCUUUCGAUUUUGCAUCAAGAUUUCAAUAGCGGUCUACAGAGAGAUGAAAAGAGGGCGGAAGAGAGAGAAAGACUUCGACCUUCUGCGGCUCGAUGUUCAACCUUCGUUGUUGGCUUUGCGGUCUCUGUUGUUAUUGACAUGACGAAUUUGAGCAAAUCGAUGAGAUGCUUCUUGAAAACUACUAGUGGUAGCGCCAUUCAACAGUUUUCUAAAUUUUCAGAGAACAAUGAUGAUACUGGUGAUGGUGGAGGGGCUCCAGUUUCCCAUUUUUGUCCAUCUCUGCACAAGAGAUGUUGGCCGAGAAGCUUGUGGAAAUGUUCAAACAGGAGCUUGUUUUGAAGCGUUUGCUUGUAUUUGAGCUGCUUGCCCGCAGUUGUCCAGAAAACGAACAAUCUCAUCAAUUGUGUUGGGAAGAUGAACUUUAUCACGGCGAAGCUGAUGACUUGAACAUGUGCAACUUGUACUUAAAAGAUACUGCUGAGGCAUUUCAUCCCAAAAUAAGUGGCUGGAAAUCGAAAAUUUCAAAUGUGGAGUCUGAGAAAAACCCAAACCACGAUGUUUUGCAGUUUGUUUUGAAUAGGCUUACGACACGGUCUCUGGAUGAUACAGAACUCAACCAAGUGAAGGCUGAAAGCAACCAUGAUAUGAAGAAAUCAUUAACUUGGUGGGAUCUUACUUGGUUCGGUAUUGGUGCUGUCAUUGGUGCUGGUAUCUUUGUACUUACUGGUCAAGAGGCUAAUGAAGAUGCUGGUCCUACUGUUAUUUUAUCUUUUGCUGUUUCCGGUGUCUCUGCUAUGCUCUCUGUUUUAUGUUACACCUAGUUUGCUGUUGAGAUCCCUGUUGCAGGGUUAUCUUUGCAGCCAAAAGUCGACAUACACGCACGUUUUUCCGAUGGCUACGCCGCCACCGGAGAUUUCGCCGUUGAUUUCGGCAGAUGACGCAACAGUGGAUGCGCCGCCAGCGCCUCCUUCGGGAACAACAGCCGCCAUACCGCCUGGACCUCCAGCGGUUGUUUCACCGGUGGGCGUGAGUUCUGUUUCGUCGCUGCCGACUUCGGGGAUGUCGAAGGAUACAUCGACUGCUUAAUUCGGUGGUUGGAAUUGGGCUUGGAGGGUUAAUUGUUAUGAUUGAUGUGGGCAUUUUUGUCUUUUUCUAUAAGCGGAGGAAGCGGAAGCAGGCGGAGGAAGAUCAUUUAUUAAUGGCUGCUCUGACUAAAUAAUUAGAAUUAUCUGAUUAGGUAUUUGUUUGUAUUAAUUAUUCAUUAAUUGGUUGCUUGAACUUGUACGUUGAAGGAAUUUGAAUGUGGGCAAAGGGAGUAGUGUGAUCCAGUUUGUUCAUUUUUAGAUCGAUCAUUAACUUUCUCUGGACUGAUUAGUCAUUUUCAUGGUGAAAAUUCAAUCUCCAGUAUUGUUUUUCUUUUUUUGGAGUAGCAAAAAUAGUAAUACGAUUUCAUUUUGUUCA